AGUUAUUUCAAAUUUUUUUGGUUCAACCAAAUCUUUAACGUGAAAAUAAUCGUGCCUUCUAUACAAGUUCUAAUUCUAUACUAUUAUUAUUAAUACUCUAUACUAUUAUUAUUACAAGUUUUAUUCACGUUCUAAUUUCUUGUUUUACAAGAAGUCAUACAAAGAAUAAUCGUGAAGUGUUUGAAUAUUUUUGCUUCUUUUCUCGAUUUUCGCGAGUGAUCUACUGUCCUGAUUCUGUAGAGUUUAUACUCGCAGACUAGUGAAGAAGUAGAAGCAGACUAGUGAAGAAGUAGAAAAACAGACUAGUGAAGAAGAAGAAGAAGAGAAGGAAAAGUGAAAUAUGGAGUUGCAAGAGAUGUUCCGGUACGGAUACAUGUACCCACCGCAGGAGGAUGUCACACCAACGUACUUGGAAUUGCCCAACUAUCAUUAUUUAAAGAAGGAAAUUUGCCUUCCGCCAGUUAGCACAUUGACAGUACCGCAGUGCGUACCGUAUGACAAUAGUAGCGAUGGUUGGCACACACCGAGUCCUGCGGCGAGUUUGAGAUCCGUAAGUCCAACCACGACAUCCGUUUCCUCAGAGUCCGAAAGCGGAACACUGACAGGAAGAAGGGGGUCGAACUUUCAGCACGAGAAGAGGUACGAAACUCUUUCAGUAUCCGGCAAUCAAAUAAUGAAUCGUGUCCAUCAUUAUCCACACCAUCAUCAUCAUCAUCAUAAUGUUCUCGUGCAAGAUGAAUUGGAAAUUAAGGAGAGAUCCUCGAGGCAAAGUGUUAUCAGUAAUGGCAGUAGUCUCGAGGACAGAAUGGAUCUUGAGGAGAGCGACGGUGCCGAGAGUGACAAUGAUCAGGAGUGUAAUGAUGAGCCAAGGAGACGGGGGAAGUAUGUGAGUUCAACGGUUGUUAAGAAGAGGCGAUUGGCUGCCAAUGCAAGAGAAAGACGACGAAUGCAGAAUCUCAAUAAGGCCUUUGACAGACUGAGGACGUAUCUUCCAUCUCUGGGUAAUGACAGGCAGUUGUCAAAGUACGAGACACUGCAAAUGGCACAGUCCUACAUUACGGCCUUGUACGAUUUACUGCAGUAGUUCCUGAAAAAAAAAAUUUUGAUUCUGUGGUUUUCUGAUGCUGUAUAUACAUGUUUUCUGAUUCUGUACAUGUUUUCUGAUACUGUACAGAAUAUUUUUAUCCUCUUCAGUUAUUCUUCUAAAAAGAGGAUAAGAAUAGCUGAUAUGGGAUGUAAAAGGAACCUGACAUGUGAAUCCAGACUUCUGUGAUACGUUGAAAAACUCUUUUUGUUAAUAGUGGAGUUGAUUGCGUGGAUUAAUUUUUUGUAAGACUUGUAUAUAUUUUUAAAAAACAUUUCAAUGUUUAAAAAUUAUUUUUCCACCAUCUUGUAAAUAUGGUUCCACACUGUGUAUAUUUUGUAAAUAGAUUUGUAAAUAGUUUCGAGAUGACAUAUUUUGACGUGAUCUGAACAUUGACAAAUGAUUUUUUUUAUACUGUUGAUUCUUUGCUGUCUGAUUGUCAAUUAAAGAAAGUUGCUCAAGAGGCGAAAUUUAUUGCCAAGUAAUGUUUCGUACUUUGUACCAUUUACCUACUUUUGUAUAUGUAUAAAUAUAUUCAUAUAUAUUUAUUUAUAUAUUUAUAAUUAUUUUUAUAUAUACACAAAGAGAAUAGUAAAUUUGACACAUGAGUCUUUUUUUAUAUCGAGAGAUUUUAGAGGAAAAGUGACUCAAGUAUUUUUCUACUGUAAAAGAUAGGAAGUUUUGUAUUUAUUUGAACUAAUUUAAAUAUCUUCGACUGAAUACAUGUAAACUGCGCCAGUACUUAUUUUUAUAGAACGUCUGCUUUCCUUCGACAUUUGAUUUACGUUUUAAAAAUUUUUUGGUUACUUUUUUAAUUACAUUCAGAAUAAUUUUAAUUUACAUGAAAUAAUUUUUGGUGCCAUUUUGGAUCAAAUAAAUCAAAUAAAUUUUUGUCGUCAGUGUUCACGUAUGUGAACAGUAAAUUACAACUAAUUGUGCAAUUAAAUGCACAAAUUGUGUAAAUUUUGUGCAAAUUCAAAAUUAUGUUCUUUGAAUAAUGUGUAAAGAAUAGUUUUUUUAAAAA